AUAUUUUUUUUUACUUCCGUUGUUGUUGUUUCGUCGUGUAUGCGCUUUGUGUAGGGUUUUUUAUUCGGCUCAGGAAAAAGCACUUUGUUCCGCUCAUUUGUUGUUUCCUGCGAACAAUAAAAGUCUGCAGCAACGUUAACGUGAUGAGUCAGCGGCUAGUGACGUCACUUGGAAGCAUGUCGCACUGGAAUACGUACUGCAUGGCUAGCAUUCUACUCCACGAUGGACAAGAGCCACACGGUGAAGCUCUUUGUGGGCAACCUCGCGUUGGACACCACCCAGGAGGAGCUGUCAGCCAUCUUUGAGCCGUACGGGCACGUGGUCAGUUGCAGCGUGCUGCGACAGUUCGCGUUUGUCCACCUGCAGGGUGAAGGCGCCGCCGAGCGGGCCAUCCGCGAGCUCAACGGACGGGAAUUCCGCGGAAGGAACCUGGUGGUGGAGGAGUCGAGGGGACGGCCGCUUCACUCCACCAAAGUCUUUGUGGGGAAUCUGAGCGGCAUGUGUACCACUGAGGAUCUCCAGCAGCUCUUUCAGACCUUUGGGAAAGUUCUGGAAUGUGACAAAGUCAAAGGUUACGCCUUUGUGCACAUGGAAAACAAAGAAGAUGCGCUUCAGGCCAUCGAGGCGCUACAUGGCACUUCCUUCAAGGGGCGUCCACUCUCCGUGGAGCUCUCCAAGGUCCAGCCCAGCAAGCAGACACCCACUGGGAAGCUCCCAUGUGUCAACUGCGGGAAGCAGGGCCAUUACGCCGGUGAGUGUCCCGUGGGGAAACCUACGCUGGAGCAGUACCAGAGUCAGGCCGCCGUCCUGGCUGCCGCGGCCGCCGCCGCCGCCGGCCUGCCUCUGCAAGUGCAGCAGAGUGUGCACAACUCGGUGUACAACACAUCCACGUUUGAUCCCACGUACGCCGCCCUGACCGGGAUCUCCACCGGCACCCGCACAGACGGCAACCCCGUGAGCCCGGCUGUAUACGGUGCCCUUGCCAGUCAGGUGUAUGGUGCCAAUGUGGCCAAUCAGCUGUACGGAUCGGUGGCCAAUCAGGCAGCUCUGACAUCAGGAGCCGCUCAAGUUUACAGUUCGGUCACCCCCAACCUCUACGGGCAGGUGGCAGCCAACCCCGCAGCCGCUUACACAACGCCUGUUUACACACCGACCAUGGGCAACCCCAUCUACUUGGCUGCCGCUCCGGGGAUAGACAUGCCCGCAGCGGCGGCUGCGGCGGCGGCAGUCAACCCUGCCUACACUGUUGCACCAGCGCCCGCCUACGCUCACAUCACCGCCAUGGGUGCAGCCGAUCCUGCGACGGCCAUCUUUGAAGCGGCUAGGCAGGCACAUUAUUUUGCUCAGGGUCAGCAUGUUGUGGCCGAGCAGCAGGCAGCGGCGGUGGCCAAGUCCGGGGAACGAGACCGGAGUCCCCUGCGAAGGACGGCCUCCCUCCUGCCAGACCCCAUCAUGAAGCCGUUUAUUUACCAGAGAGCCAAACCACGGCGCUCGCUACUCCCGACGCCUGCCGGGCGCACUGCUGAGGAGGCAGCAUCCGAGGUGGCCGAGGACCCUGUAGCAAGGUACUAUGCCGACUACUACCACCAGCUGCAGCAGUACCCUCAGUUCCAGUACGCCUACCCCUCACCGGGGGCUGUGACCGCGCUUGCUGGCAUGCCGGCGGUGCCCACCAUGACUACCCAGCCCGUAGCCACGCUGGACGCCCUCAGGCCAGUGGUUCCCGCCGCCGCGGCUGUGGCAGCUGCCAUGGCCACGCCCAGGGUGUAUGAGCCGCCGUUGCCGCCGCCCACACGCAAGGAGUCCAUCCUCCGCCGCCCCGAACUCUCCCUUCACACGCCUGAGCCCCCUUUCCGAUAGUCUGCCCCCACCCUCCCUUCGCUCACUUCCUCCUCAAACAUAACGGCGGCGGUUUGUGGGGGGAGAGGCGGGGCUAGUAACCUGUUGGUCCUAUUUGUGUCACACAGUGCAGCCACUUGCCAUCUGACGGCCAUCUUUGAACUCACUCUAGCCUCUCGUCGUGCCAGUAGUGGGCCGCCGUGACUCACCUUUGCCUUUAUUGUUGAGUUCCUCAGGCCGGACCUGUGACACCAAGUCACAUUCUGUGCCGCUUGCCAUCCUCUCGGCAGCUCAUUUCCAAUCGGUUUUGCCUUAUUUAAUUAGCUUAGUGACUGGGCGGGGUCAGACAAGCACACACUUCCGAGUGGCUGCAUUGUGUCGGACACCAGUGAGCGGGGCUGGGGGGUAGUGAGCAGCACACUAAGUGAACUUAAAGCACACGGGAUCCCGACGAUACACCUUUGUUUCCCCCCCUCCCCACCGACGUUGUCAUAGCGAUGCAGGAAGACACUGUUCACCCCCUGCAGUGUUUUUAUGUAGUUGCCUACCUCUGCCCCCCCCCAUGUUAUACGUUUAGUGGCCUUUUUUUUAACAUCUUGUUUUAUGCUUGUUUCCGUGUCGUGUCCAUAGAAAUGUGUGACUACUGAAUGAGAAGUUACUACGUGCCUGGGGGGGAGGUUACAGUAGAGGGACCCCCUCCCAAAAUAAAACAGUGUUUUUCUCGUUUACGUUCGUUUCAUACAAAUACAAAUGUGUAUCGUGGUGCUGUGGAGGGGAAGCGAGAGCACAAGAGAGUCAGGGGGGGGCAAUGUCUUCCUGCACCCUGCCACCCGGCCCCCCAAUUCCUCCCACCCCUGAACACUGUCUUCUCUUCCUGAUUCAAGAUGCGUCAGAUCGUUGUCGCAAAGAAAUGUUUGGCGAUUGUUUGUUGGCGGGACAAACCCCGCCCCCUUCCCCGCCAGCAAGCAAUCACCGAUUGGUCUUUGUUGUCCGACAGCUGUGUUCUGCACAUAGACACGCCCCUCUCCCACCCCCGUGGUCGUCACAGUCGUAGAACUUGUGUGAACUUUGUCUUGUUCUGGGGUCAGGUUAGAGGAAAGUGGGCAGCUUCGAUUGAUUGAUUGAUUGAUUGAUUGAUUGAUCCAUACGUGUACUGAAACGUUAAUAAACUGUGUGGAUGUUUACUAAAGGAACACAAAGCUUUUGGCCAUUUGCGCUCCUCCUUUUCCUCUUUGUGUGCAUCUCUGGCUACUUGGCCACACCCACUUGAUGGUCACGCACCUCCUGCUUGGGGGUGGGGUUUGUGUUGGGUGGGUGAUGGGUGUUGCCUCGUCGUCCCUGCGUGUGUUUGCGUGUUGACUGCAUGACACCAGCAGCCCGCCAUGGCCUCCACUAACUCUCUCAACUGAAUUAGGUUACCGGGACGGCAGUCGUCAUGGCGGCGUGGGCGUGGAUGACAUUUAGGGCGACGUGGGUCAGCGGCAAGGUAAAUGAACUGAACUCUAUCUCCCACCUGCUGCCCCUCCCCUAACUGCCUUGCCCGAAAGACCCCCCUUCCCCAGUUUUUCCACCGGCCCCCGCCUUCCCUCGUCACCACUCCUCCUUCCUGCUUCCCUAUGAAGGUGAUGGGCGGGGCCUCAAGUCCUCCGCACAUCCGCAAGCAACAGCCUCAUGUGUGAGUGAGAUGAGAGUGAAAGUGUGGUUGUAGCAUCGGGGGAGACCACCCCCCCCCGUGAAGCCCACUCCGCCGUAUUCGCCGCCCUCACGCCUCCCUUAUCCUGCCCCCUACCCACCGCUCACACACAGUGCUUCUCUCGCCGCCACCGCCGUCACCACCUUGGAUGUGAGCUUGCGGCUCCAACUUCCCGAACCCGCCCGCCCGCCUCAAUAACCUCCCCACUCUUGUUGCCAUGGAGACAAGGGCAUGCUGAUGGAGUGUGUGAGUGUGUGUGUGUGAGAAAGAGAGAGAGUGCAGUGCGAAAACGGCUUUGCUGCAUCGAAGGGAAGAUCCCGCGGCGUCCUAUAAGAUUGGGCCGGUGCCACCUGCAGAUUGUCAACAAUCUCAGAGUUCUUAUAGGACGCCAACGACUCGGUGGACUGCAGCAAUGUUUGCAAUGGAGGCGGGGCUUAAUGCAGCAUUUGUGUGUGGAGUAAAGCUGCUCGCUAGCCCCUCCUGCUGGAUGACGCUACAGAAGCUGACAUGUUUGAUAAAGAAAUUGAGAUAACUGUCAAACAGUUGGAAGGAAGCCUCUUCCACGUCCAUGCGUUUGUCUUUGAAUGGACCGAUCCACUUCCUGUUUGAUGUCCGCGCCAAGCCGGGGGUCAGCUGACGACAGGCGACGGCCCUUCUGGAAUCAGGCGAUGACGAGGGUCAGAGUUCAUUGGUGAGAUUCAUCAUUCUUUGUUUUCAGUGGGCGUAGCUUCUGUUGACUUUUUUUCCCAGGGUAUCCAGCAUCGGUAACCAUGGUGAUGGAGCUCUUGUGAGUGUAGCAUCAUGUUUAGUGUUGAAAGAAAUGAAUAAAAAAAA